CUCUUCCAAAUCCACCCAAAUCCAAAUCCUCAGCCAUGGUUGUUGCUUUUGUUGGCAAGCUCCUCAUCGCCGCGUUCGCGCUCGCCUCCGCCUGGGCCCUCCUCGACCCCCAGACCACCUCCCACUUUACCCCCCUCGUUGACAAGGCUCUCGGCAACCUCCAGGUCCCCGAGAUCUACCGCUCCCAGAUCCGACCCUUCGAGCCCUACGUCGUCCAGUUCCACGGUGCUCUCUUUGCUCUGGGCGGUGUCUUCAUGAUCCUCGGCGCCCUCUCGUCCGCCGCUGGCAAGCUCAGUGUCUCCCUCCUCGUCAUUGCCAUCACCCUCAACGCCAUCGUCUUCCACCCCUUCUGGGUUGCCACCAGCGCUGCCGACCAAGCACAGGCCCUCCUCGGCUUCCUCCAGGUCACCGCUCUUGUCGGCGCCCUCUUCAACUUUGGCUUCGGCAAGAAGCAAGACAAGCAGUAAAAAGCCCAAAGUCUUUUUCGCAGUUGUGAGCCUGGAAAACUUGCCGCGCUCUCGCUUGUGGACUUUUGUCGCAGUGUUGCUAUGAAACGACCCGCAAUAUAUAAUUAUUGGUCUGAACAA